AAACCCAAACCAAUUUGGCAUAGCAAAAUCGUUUCUCCAAUUUAAUCACCAUUGUACAACCCAAUUCCCUUCGUCGUUUUCGAUUAAGAGAGCAAUGGCACGUACCAAGCAAACCGCUCGCAAGUCCACCGGAGGAAAGGCUCCGAGGAAGCAAUUGGCAACCAAAGCCGCUCGCAAGUCAGCCCCGGCGACCGGCGGAGUGAAGAAGCCCCACCGCUUCAGGCCAGGAACGGUGGCUCUGAGGGAGAUUCGAAAGUACCAGAAGAGCACCGAACUUCUGAUCCGAAAACUCCCAUUCCAGAGGCUCGUCAGAGAAAUCGCUCAGGAUUUCAAAACCGAUCUCCGCUUUCAGAGCAGCGCCGUUUCGGCUCUUCAGGAAGCCGCGGAGGCUUAUCUCGUUGGACUCUUUGAGGACACUAACCUCUGCGCUAUUCACGCUAAGCGAGUUACCAUUAUGCCCAAGGACAUUCAACUCGCUCGCAGAAUCAGAGGCGAGAGAGCUUAAGUUUAGGGUUUCGUGUCAUUUGACAUUAAAAUUAGGUUACUGCUUAUUGUAAUUCGUGUUUUCUUCAAAUGCCUCUUUAUUGUAAGAUUCAUCUUAUUUCAUCAGGUAUAUUCCCAUAUGGAUCUGCACAACUGAAUUUAUGUUGAAAAACGAGAUAAUUCUCUAAUUUUAUAUAUCCUUCGGUGAUGAUAGAAAAACAACACCUCCUCUGCACUCUGCAUACAGUGCAGAAUUUUCUGUGCACUGCUAUCACUUGACUCUCUGGAACACUUGGGUGUAACUUCAUUGGAAGUUUGGCGCAAUCCCUGAGAAUAAAAUGAGAGAAGAACUUAA